AUGUUCUUCUUCCUAUUCGGAGUUACUGGCUGGAUGGCCUGGGAUGCAUGCAUCGCAGGGCUCGACUACUAUGAUUCAAGGUAUAAGCCUGAAUACGAUCCAGGAUUCUUCUUCUGCUUGCUCUUUAAUUGGCCACUGUUGGUUUGUAAUAUUCUAUUAAUUUACCUGUCAACCAGGGUAACUCUUUCGUUCAGGAUUUAUCUGGCAUAUGCAGUGAUCAUUAUUGCAUGCUUUCUGAUGCCACUCGUUACAGAAUAUUUACCUAAAACAAUGGCAUGGUACGCCCUUGUUCCUACAGUGAUGCUGAAUGGAGCAGGAAAUUCUUUCGUACAAGGCGGAAUGUCAGGAUUUGCUAGUAUUUUCCCACCAAAAUAUAUCACAGCAUUACUUGUAGGCCAAGGAGUUAAUGGAAUGCUUUUGAAUUCAGUAAAAAUGAUCCUACUUGCAAUCUUACCCCCAGAUGAGUCACUUGGAGCGAAAGAUAUGAACUCAUUUUAUGAUAGCUUGAUCUUCUUAUCAGUGUUCUGAGUGCUCUUCAUCGCAUCGACCAUUUGAUUUUCAAUAUUACUUAAAAUGGAUUUUGCUAAGGAAAGAAUGAAAUAUGUAACUUACAACCAGAAGCAAGAAGAGACUGAAAUUGAUAAAAUUCUCAAUAACCAGGCUAGAUCUAAUGAUUCUGACCUUGAAGAGGAAAACAUUGAUGAAAGUCCUAAAGGUUCUUUACGAGCAAACAGUAGCGCAAGAGCUUCUUAUAAUACAAUAGAAAUUAGUGAUAUCGAUGAUAUUUUAAGAAAAGAGAAACAGAACGAGUUCUAUCAAGUUUAUAAGAAAAUACUGCCUCUUGCUAUUCAGAAUGUGAUCAUGUUUUUCAUUACAUUUUUGGUAUAUCCAGGCACAUAUCUAGAUACGAGGUUUGAUAUGUUUGACGAUAGUGCUUCUUCCAAAGCAUGGUCUAAUAUCAUCCUAAUCUCUGUCUUCUCCUUCGGCGAUACUGUGGGUCGGUUCCUUGCAGGCCCUCUUAAAUUGUUCAACUCUAGCAAUGUGAUCUUCCUGACUGUAGGCAGAUCCAUAUUUAUUGUCACUGGUAUGCUGGUUCAGGUGAGAGCGAGUCCGGCCUGGGUGUUCCAGACUGAUUUGUUCCGCAUAGUGAAUAUCUGGCUGUUCGCAGCGACAAACGGAUACAAUGUGGGGUGUCUGAUGCUGCUAGGGCCGCAACAAGUGGAGGAGAAACAUAAAGAAAGAGCAGGAAUGAUCAUGGCAUUCCAUCUAACCAUCGGAGUAUGCAUUGGAGCUAUCUUUGCUGCAUUUUGAAUGGAGAAAAUAUAG